AUGUUCCUUCGCACUGGCUCCUCUCGACUGUCGGGGUUGAUCCGUCGUCAACCAUUACGAUUCAACGCCCGGCGAUCGUACUCUUCUCCAUCAGAUGACGCAGACAUCGACGCCAUGCUGGCGAAGCCUACGUGGUCUGUCCGCUCAUUGCUCCCUGACGAUUCCGCAAAGACAUCUACUCUGUCAGUGACCCCGACGCAACUUCGCCAUCUGCUCCGUCUGUCAGCUCUCCCGCAACCCGCAAACGAGGAGGAAGAGAAGAAGAUGCUCGAGACUCUCGAAUCCCAAAUCCAUUUCGUGAAACAGAUCCAGAGCGUCGAUGCCACCGGCGUCGAGCCCCUACAGAGCAUCCGGGAUGAAACUCCGGAAGCGGUGAAGGAGAAUACAAUUGGACUAGAACAGCUUAGAGAAGCUUUGUCUAAGGAGAGAGUGGUCGGACGCAACAAGAGGAUCCAGCGAGUCGAGGGUCCGAGGAAUGACCGGCCGGAUGGGGAUAUUUGGGAUGGAAACGCGCUUGCCUAUGCGUCCAAAACCAAGGGGAAGUUCUUUGAGGGCUGGCACCGUUGGUUUCCGUCGACAGUGACGUUGGGGCCACCCGCAUUCAUGUGGAAGUCAUUCAAGGAAAAGCAUGCCAGCAAGUUCGGCUCGGGGCCCUCGCCUGCUCCUCCGAAGAGCGACCGUGACCAAGACUUGACCACCAUCUUGGAUCGCCCCCAGCGGGCCGAUUUGACGGUGCUUGUCGCGGAAAUCACGCAGCACAUGCGAGAUGCAAUCGUGCAGAACUUCCAUGGUCCUGUUUCGAAGGAGAACCAAGCCUCACGUGACCAGUCAGAACGCGAGCAAGACGACACUGAUCCCUUGUCUACUCCGUCAGAUGCACAGAAAGAGGAGACUGCAGUUCUGGCCAGUCAAUCCGAUUAUCAACCUACUGCGCAAGAUCUCAAGUCCGAGGCCAAGGCCCUUGCCAGCUUCGAUGAUUGGAGAGACACGGUGCUGCUGAGGAUCGGCGAAGUUGUGAAUAAAGAUAACGAGAGUGAUGAGGAGCCCAGUGAUGCACCUCAACAGUUGCAGGAGCCACAAGUCGAUGAGGAUCAGGGUUCGUUAAAGAAGCUUUGUGAGGUGUACCCGCCUGUGGAGACACCUCUUGCCCAGCUACCUAAGGCUAAAAGGCUUCUGAUUCUCCACUCGCUGCUUCUUCUGAUGCUUAGUCUCGAGCACUACAAUGCUCGCUCACGAGUCCUCAUGUUAUAUGUAUCUUCCAGCCUGAACCUUGAUAUCACCAUCCUCAACGGUGAUGAAACCAAGGUUGCGCGUGGGCUGCUUGACACGGCUCUUCAGCUCGCAAGUGCUGAAGAAGAAGAAGGCCACGGGAGAAAACGUGACUCUUCCAGGAAGUGGAAGGUUGGGGCAGCCUCUGUUGCAGGAGCUGUACUGAUUGGCAUUACCGGCGGACUUGCCGCGCCUCUGGUUGCGGCUGGGCUUGGAACUGUCCUAGGAGGUAUUGGCCUCGGUGCCACCGCUGCUGCAGGAUAUCUAGGUGCUCUUGCAGGCAGCGGAGUCAUCGUUGGCGGUCUCUUUGGUGCCUAUGGUGGCCGGAUGACUGGACGAAUGGUCGACAAGUACGCCCGUGAGGUGGAUGACUUUGCUUUUCUGCCCAUCCGCGGCUCUCAACAGAGGUCUGAGGAUGAAAGGGAAGCUGCCCAGAAUGAUCAUAUGCUGCGAGUCACCAUAGGCAUCACGGGCUGGGUGACCGAAGAGGAUAAUUUUGUCGUUCCGUGGCGGGUUAUCGACGCCGAUACCGAGGUAUUCGGUCUGCGCUGGGAAACAAAGCCUUUGAUGAAACUCGGAAAUGCCAUGAAUCUUCUGGUCACAAGCGCUGCGUGGGCGGCAGGUGGUCAGGUUCUGUCCCGCACCAUCUUCGCGCAAAUCAUGAGCGCUGUGAUGCUGCCUCUUGGUCUUCUCAAAGUUGCCCGUGUGGCUGAUAACCCGUUCAGUAUCGCCAAAGCCCGCGCAGAUAAAGCUGGUGAGGUACUUGCAGAUGCACUAAUUAGCAAGGUUCAGGGUGAGCGGUCCGUCACUCUGGUGGGCUACUCGAUGGGCUCUCGCCUCAUCUUUUCCUGUCUCCAGAGUUUGGCAAAGCGGGGUGCAUACGGCUUAGUGGAAUCAGCAAUUUUGAUGGGAUCACCUACUCCAUCCAAUGCGCCUCACUGGCGUCGUCUACGGAGCGUUGUUAGCGGCCGGCUGAUCAACGUGUACUCGGAGAAUGAUGCCGUUCUCGCUUUGCUUUACCGAACCAGCAGUCUGCAGCUCGGUGUUGCAGGUUUGCAGCCUGUUCAAGGCGUGGCUGGCGUCGAGAACCUGGAUGUCAGCGAUAUUGUCAGCGGCCACCUGCGCUACCAGUUCCUGAUCGGACGGAUUUUGGGUCUGGUUGGCCUGCAAAGUAUUGAUGCUCGGGAGGUGGCUCGGGAGGAGGCAGCGUUGGCCGUCAAAGACAAGAAGCAGGAGCAAGAGCGGAUCCAGAACGAGCGUCGUGCAGGGGUUGAAGGGAACGAGUCGGCGCGCCGCGUUUUGGAAAGCGGGGAGGCAACGGGCGAGGAGGCGAUGCAUGCUGAGGUUGAACAGAAGACUAGGGACCAGCUGCCCAAGGAGAUCAAACGUCGGCCCGUUCCAUCCGAACCAAAGGAUGUUCAAUCCAAACCCAAGGAUGGAGGUCCAUCUCCGUCGGAGCACGCUUGAGGGGCAAAACAGGUCGGCGGUGGCCUUUCAAUCUCAAUAUCUGCUGCAAGGUCCUGGAUCUUUAAUAAUGCUGUCACUUUAUGAGGAAUCUCCUUAGGUCUGUUGUGCCUUAAUGAUCAAUAAUCAGCUAAAUACCUAUUCAACCAUUACAUCGGACAUCCAUCUUGCGUUUGCCAAUGUCUGGCUAUAAUUCUAGUCAGCGACAAAUCUUCUCUUUGUACUAACUACUUCUCCUUGAUCGUCGCGAUCGAUCAACCGACCGUUACAACAGGAUCAGCAAUCAGAUACAUGCUGCAAGACAUACCUUAAUGUGACGGACAUUUGGUGCGAG